AUGCUAAUAAAUUACUUAUUCAAUGUAUUAUUAUGUAAAAUAAUUAGUUUUCUACUGACAUGUUUUACACGAUUAUGUUUUUGGUUGACAUGUCUUGUUUCAAUUGAACGUGUCUAUGUUACAAUAUAUACAAAAGGUAUAUGGCUUAAAAAACCAAAUGUAGCCAAAUGUGCAAUAUUAGCAACAAUCAUAUUUGUAUUUGGUUCACAUUCUCAUGAAUUGAUUUAUUACGAUAUUGUACAAGAUCCAAAAUAUACAAAAUAUGGUACAUGGUGUGUUACACAAUAUAAUCAAAUAUUAUCUGUUUAUAAUCAAACAAUAACGAUAUUACAUUAUAUUCUACCAUGUAUAAUAAAUCUAACUUCAACAUUUAUACUUAUCAUUCAAAUAGCUCAUAAACGUGCAAAUACAAAUCGUGAUCAAUCUCAUACAAGUGUUCUUCGACAACAAUUUCAACAAUAUAAAGAAUUAUUUAUUCCACCAUUUUUCAUACUCGUAAGUGCAUUACCACAAUUUAUUAUUUCAUUUAGUUUGGCAUGUACAGAAAUAAAUAUAGCAUGGCAACGUUAUUUAUUAAUGGUAGCUUAUUUUCUAUCGUAUGUACCACAACUAUUUGGUUAUAUCUUAUUUAUAUUACCAUCUGCUUUAUAUAAAACUGAAUUUUACAGUACAACUUUAGGUCGACGAUUGGCUAAAUUAAUCAAUAAAGCAACAUAA